AUGGCUCCCGUUCCUUCAGCCCUGCAGCAGGAGGACAAGACCACCAUUCCCCUAACCACGAACCUCUAUCUCCAGCUCAAACAAUUAGCCAUGGGCGAACACGGGUUAUCGCGCUACGUUCCCGCGCUGAUACUCCUUUUCGAAGCUUUCCUCUGCAGUGCCAUAAUCCACUUUAUUCCCUACACAGAAAUCGACUGGAAAGCCUACAUGGAACAAAUUUCCCAAUACGCAUCCGGCGAGCGCGAUUACACCCAAAUCAAAGGCGGUACGGGUCCAUUGGCACCGCAUUACAUAUUUCCUAUGCUUGUCCUUUCGAAACGACUACAUAGCAUAUUUAUUCUUCGACUUUUUAACGACGGUUUCGCAGUGUUCUUCCUAUGGGUUGCAAUUUACUUCUUCCAACGCAGAAUAUGGACAAUUGGGAGUAUGGCAUAUAGUUGGGGUUUGGGAAUCAAGAUGUCAUUGUUAUUGGCAUUACCCUCUAUUGGAAUAAUGUUAUUCUUGGCAAAAGGAGCACAAGGCGCACUGAAGCAGGCAUGGCUCAUGGCACAAUUGCAGGUUGUGAUCGCACUUCCGUUCUUCCCAACGAACGCAAUUGGGUACCUGAGUAGAGCUUUUGAGUUUUCAAGAGUGUUUCUAUUUAAAUGGACAGUCAACUGGAGGUUCUUGGGGGAGGAAAGGUUCUUGAGCAAAGAAUUUUCCAUAACUUUAUUGGUAGGACAUAUCAGUGCUUUGGUUCUAUUCGCGACCACAAGAUGGCUCAGACCAGCCGAAAAGCCUAUUGUGGGUUUAAUUCGAACUGCGUUGAGAUUGGAGGAACCUUUGGGUCAAAGGCAACACGCCUGCUCGAUUGCGAUAUCACCGAACUACAUCAUGACAACCAUCCUGACUGCUAUCACAAUUGGUAUGCUCUUCGCACGAUCUUUGCACUACCAAUUUUAUGCCUAUCUUGCAUGGGCUACACCAUUUUUACUUUGGCGUAGUGGCAUGCACCCGAUCCUUCAAUAUGCUCUGUGGGGGGCGCAGGAAUGGGCUUGGAAUGUAUACCCAAGUACUGAUGUAAGUUCAUUGGUGGUAGUUGGUAUUAUGUUUAUUACCGUGGCGGGUGUAUGGUGGGGAACGAGACUAGAUUUUGUUGCUCUCAAAGGCCAAGGCGGAGUCGACAAGAAAAAGUCUUGA